CACUACUUCCGGCCCCGUCAACCAAUUGGAGCGAGGGACUUGGUAAUUAAACUAGAAGGAGAAGCUUUUAGCAUUUAGCCGGUUUUAGUAAUUCAGAUUAUUUUAAUAAAAUUGGCAAUACAAUAAUUGGGAAAUUAAAAGGUCGUCAUGUUGGUCUGUGAUAUCUGUGGCGAAGAGGCCUUGCUGGAAGAGGACAUGAAGACUCAUCUGCUCUUGAGCCACCUGGAGAGGGAGAUAAGCUGCCCGCUCUGUCCGAUAGCCGGGCUAUCUUAUGAUGAGAUUCACUUUCACAUUAACACUGCUCAUCCAGAGACUGACACUCAGGCACAAGCGAAGCAGGUCGAGGUGGACAAGAAUAAAGGUCAACCAGGUGCCUUGUCCAGCAGAUGUAUAGCAGAGGGUGUCAGAGUCCCAGAGAGGGGGUCACCUGAAAGAAUGCGGCAUGUUCCAUCUUUGGAAGAGAGUGCCAAAAAACCUGCUACUGAAGCCAUGCAGAAUCCACAGCGCCCAGUAUUGGGGGGUUCAAGGACCCAAGAAGCACCUGACCCAAAGAGGGUCUGCACUUCCCUUGGGAAAGAGCAGUCGUACACGUGUCCAAUGUGUGCCCUGGUGUGCAGCGACCGGUUUGUCUUACAGGAGCAUGUUGAGCUGCACCUGCAGGAGCAAGAUGCAGACAGAGAAUCUUCUGGUUCUGACCUGCAGUUGGCUAGAGAGCUUCAGGAGGAAGAGCAGCUGAGACUAAAGAUGGAGGAGUCCAAACGAGAAGCAGAGGACUUCAGGAAGCUGCAGAGGCAGUUUGGCCUCGAUGGCAGUGGGGGCUAUGUCCGACAGGCGGAGAAGAGCAUGGAGAGGGCGGUGUCCCGCGGUCACAUGACCCCAGUCGAGUUCCACAGGAAGAAGGCUGAAAUGAUGGAAAGCCUGGCAUCAGGAAUAGACGACUGCAAGACCAGAACAGCUGGCGUGAUGUCAGCCCUCUACGAGCACUAUGUCAGGGAGGGUCAUGACGUCGUUCACGUGUGGCUGAGUGCAGAAACCGAUCACUACUCGUGUUCAGAAGGUGACCGGGGCUGGGGUUGUGGCUACAGAAACUUCCAGAUGCUGCAGUCGUCUCUGCAGAAUAUGCAGCUAUACGCACCAUGUGUCUCAGUUGGGAGAGUCCCCAGUAUCCCACGUGUGCAGGCCCUGAUUGAGGAGGCCUGGCAGCAAGGAGUGGACCCCCAGGGUGCAUCACAGUUCAGUAACUGCCUAAAGGGAACAAGAGCCUGGAUUGGAGCAACAGAAAUAUUUUCACUCCUCACUUCCCUUGGAAUCAGGGCUCACAUUGUGGACUUCCCCCAGCCCAGUGGUGCCAAAAACACCCACCCUCAUCUCUUUGAAUGGGUCAAGAAGUACUUUUCCUACUCUGCCAGCAGGGGUGCUAAGCUGCCCCCUCGGGUGGUCAAAACCACACAGCCCCCCCUUUAUCUACAGCACCAAGGCCACAGUCGCUCCAUUGUGGGAAUAGAGCAGAGGAGGAACGGUAGUCUCUGUCUCCUGCUCUUUGACCCAGGGUGCCCCCCAGAGGACAUGAGACGCAUAACGUGCUCAAAUAUUCCAGCCACGUCCCUGCGCUCCCUUCGCAAGGUUCCCAGUCUCCUGGCGCACAAACAGUACCAGAUAGUUGCCGUAGAGGGAGUACUUUCUCCAGAGGAGAAGCGGACACAGAUCAUAAACUCAAGAACACUGCGUGCAGAGAGGAUUCAGUGAUCCAGAAAGGGCUAAGCUGAGGACUGUGUAUAUACACGAAUCAGUGUGUUUGUGUGUGUUUUUAAAUUAAAUAAAUGAAUCUUGUCACCUUUACCU